GGUAGCUCAGCUAGCAUAGCUGUCCACACAAACCGACUAACUUGUGACAAUGACAGCUGUGGCAUAGCUCUGUGAGCUGAGCGAAAAUGAGGAGCAUACUGUUAAUGGUCUUUUUGGCUCCUUAUUGGAUCAACGGCGCAGUUAAAUCGAGAGUUUUUACGGAGGAAAAUCCCGAAGAAAACCCCGAGUUUGAUGGUCUGAGCUCCAUCCUGUCAGAUUUCGAGGUGCUGCCAUUAUCUGAUCUCCAGCUGCACUCCGUUAGAAAGAGGGAUGUCCACACCCAAUCUCACCUGGAGCGGCUGGUGAGCUUCAGAGCCCUGCACAGGCAUUUUAAGCUCUACUUGACCACCAACACCAACCUUUUCACCGACAACUUUAAAGCUGUGUUUGUUGAUAAACACGGGAGGAAGGAAAACUAUGAUGUUCACCUUCAGAACUAUUUCACUGGACAUGUUGUAGGAGAGGAGAAUUCACGUGUGCAGGCACAUAUUGAAGGAGAUGAGUUUUCUGCUCACAUUCAAACUGAUGAAGCAGAGUACAACGUUGAGCCCCUCUGGAGGUUCACUGAUACACCAGCUGAUGGCAGAUUGCUGGUUUAUCGCUCUGAAGACAUCAAGAAUCUGAGCCGCAUCGCCUCUCCAAAAGUGUGUGGGUACAUCCAUGCAGAGGCUGAGGACCUGCUGCCACAGACCGCCAGGGGGGAAUGGGACAAUCAGGAGGAGGUCGACCAGGAAGAGGGGCACCACCACAGAGAGAAGAGACAGGCUCACGAUCAUAAGAAGAACACCUGCCCCCUGUUGCUGGUUGCAGAUUACCGCUUCUUCGAACACAUGGGUCGCGGACAAGAGAGUGUCACUCUCAACUACCUGAUUGAGCUGAUUGAUCGAGUUGAUGACAUUUAUAGGAACACAACCUGGGACGAUGAAUUCAAAGGCUACGGGGUCCAGAUCCAUCAGAUCAUCAUCAAUAAGGAGCCUACAAAGCCUCCGCCUGAUUACAAAGCCUCCGCUGGCAGCAACUGGGUUCACUAUAACAUGAAGAACAGCCCCGUGAAAGAUAAGGAGGUCUGGGACGUGAAAAGACUACUGGAGCAAUUUAGCUCAGACAUAGCUGACAACGCCUCCACUGUGUGUCUGGCUCACCUCUUCACCUACCAGGAUUUCGAUGAGGGGACACUGGGGCUGGCCUACGUGGCCCCCUCCAAACCUCAGGCCUUGGGUGGCCUCUGCCCAAAACCGUAUUACCCAUCUCACUCUGUAAAGAAGCCCAGUUACCUCAACACAGGCCUGACCAGCACUAAGAAUUAUGGCAAAACCAUCCUAACAAAGGAGGCAGAUUUGGUGACCACUCACGAGUUGGGCCAUAACUUUGGAGCAGAGCAUGAUCCAGAUAACAUCCCUUACUGUGCUCCCAGUGACGACCACGGUGGGAAGUUUGUCAUGUACCCUAUAGCUGUGAGCGGAGACCAUUACAACAAUAAGCGCUUCUCCAACUGCAGUAAGAUCUCCGUAGGGAAGACGUUACGUUUCAAGGCUCCUGUGUGCUUCAAGGAGAGGAACAGUAAGGUAUGUGGGAACUCCAGAGUGGAGGAAGGGGAGGAGUGCGACCCCGGGCUACUCCACCUCAACGACGACCCUUGCUGCUCAGCUGACUGCAAAUUCAAAGGCGGUGCACAGUGCAGUGACAGAAACAGCCCUUGCUGUAACGAUUGCAAGUUUCAGGUUGCAGAAACGAGGUGCCAGGAGCCCAUUAAUGCAACCUGUAAAGGCAUAUCCUCCUGCACAGGCAACAGCAGUCAAUGCCCACCUCCUGCUAACGCUAAAGACGACACUGUGUGUGUUGACAAUGGCCUGUGCCGCAAUGGAGAGUGCAACCCUUUCUGUGAGGCCACGCAGAACCGUCAGUCCUGUGCCUGCAACGAGACGGAGGACUCGUGUAAAGUGUGCUGCAGGGGUAAAAACGGCAUCUGCUCUCCCUUCAUCCAGGCCAAUGGUAGUUUCCUUUUCCUUCGCAAAGGAAAACCCUGCACCGUGGGCUUCUGUGACGAGGGCGGAAAGUGCAUGAAGCAGGUGCAGGACGUGAUCGAGAGGCUGUGGGAUUUUAUUGACAAGCUGGACAUUAACACAUUUGGGAAGUUCCUGGCGGAUAACAUUGUGGGCUCUGUUGUGGUGUUUUCACUCAUCUUCUGGAUUCCUCUCAGUAUCCUGGUCCACUGUGUGGACAAACGACUUGACCAGCAGUAUGAAGAGAACACAAAGUCCUUCUACUGCCCUCCAAGCCAGAUGGUGGAAAUUUGUAAUAGAGCUCCCGCCAUAGAGUCAAGAAAUGCUGAGCAACCUCGAGUCAGCGUCCGUGCGCAUCGUCAAGCCUCCCUCGUCCUCCGGCGGCCGGACCGCGCCCUCCUCCCUGCCCCAGCAGCAGAGCCAGGCCGCGGCCAGCACCAGUACCCAGGCCCCCGACCCGAGCUACGGCCCCACCCCGGACAGCGCAGGGGGGCCGCGGAUGGCCACAAUCCAGGAGGACAACAGCAGCGAGUCUCACCUGGGAGAGGAGGGCCUGUCGGACGAUUUCACAACCGCAGGAGCCUCCUCGUCGGCUACGAAAUCCUCCUACGAGGAUCUGACAGAGCAGAACCCGUUAGCCAGGGAACGGCGGCCCCUCAAGAGGCAGGAAGGCUUUGAAAAAGAGACAGAGUGCUGAGAGUAAAUCAACAAUACUUCUCGUUCAAAAAGCAUGUACAUGCAGCCUGAUAUGUGUUUUAGGGAACCAAUACAUGCAGUAUCAUAUGCAUUUUUCUGUUACUGUUGAAAGGUAAUGGCACAUGUGUUUUGCAGGUCAGAUGAAGCAACAAAAGAUGUGGAUAUUAUUCGGUCAGCUUCAGCCUCGGUUGAACCACACAGAUAAUACUUAAAACUCCCCGAGACAGUAAAAUAGCUACUGAGUUAGUUCAUGUUUUUGUGUUGCUGUAGUGAGAUAAUUCUGUGCCUUCUCUCAGUUGGGUAGGGGAUCUUUGGCCAGAUGGCAGAUCUGAGGUCAGUGGAAAUGAUUCUACUGCUAAAUGGUUUCUGAAUAUGCAUUUUAUUUAAAGAACAAAAAAAAGAUAAAAACAAUCACAUAGAUUUCAAGACUCUAAGUUUGUCAGUGAGCUAUCAUUGUGGAAUAUAACUUCCAAAAAAUAAAGCAUCAUGUGCACAGGCCUGUACUACGAAGCAGGAUUUGGGGAUAGUGAAAUAACUUCAGCAUUGAUGCAGGCUUAGUCCUUUUCACAGUUGAUUCUUUUAUAUCAAAUCUAGAGACAGAUUGUAGCACUUAAGCAUCGUACUUGUACCUGAAAAAUUAUGUUUUAAUAUUUCUUUGCUUCCAAGUUAGUUUCACACUGUCGGGUUGCAGUUGAAGGAAUAAUGCUAAAAUUGUCAUUAACACCAUUUCAGUAACAGGCUUUUCUAUGUCGGCACAAGUAGAUCUGAUCAGAACAUUCGUGUAUUACGUGAAAUGUUCUGUGUUGCUUGGGUGAAUUCUUAUGGUGUUUAUGACAGUUUUAGCCUUGUUGUGAAAUGAUCAUGGGUGCAAAUAAAUAUAAAAACAAUUUCAAAGCCGCAAGAAGGUUUUCAUAUCUUGCAAGUACAAGCUGCAUUGAUUUUUGUCCUGCAUUUAGCAGUAGCAACUGUUGCUUUUAUCCUGAAUUAUGUGUUUAACUUCUUCUUUUUAGUCUGUUAUAGUUUGGUCUUUGUUUAUAAAAUAUAGCAGUCGUGUCCCAAGUUUGUGAUUGGUCAUAUGCUGCGAACACAGCCUCUUUCAUGUGAACUCACUCAUAAUUGGAUAGAGAAAACCUGGGUUAACUUAGCAAGCUGAUAACUUGACUGUUUGUUGGUUUUAGUGAAGCCAGAUGAUGAAAAGGAUCCUCUGGGUUUGUUGAACUCGCUUCGCAGUGCAGGCCUCUGGCAGUUCCCCCUUAAAUUCUUGUGCGCAAAAUACUGUCUUUAUAACAAAGCAAUGGGACCGAUACGUUCCACUAACAGGUGAAUGAUGUAACAUAUUAUUGUGGUUAUUUUACCGUAAAAAGAAACAUUUCAGUGUGAUAUAUUUAUCAGCAAACUUUGACCUUAACAUGUUUGAUCCUGAACCUGUGUCAUGACUGCACUUGAAGUAUUUUUCACAUCACUGGAGACUUUAAAUGUUUUAUACAUGUUCUUACUAUGCUGUGUGUUAUAAAUAUUUCCUUUAAGAAAAAAAAAAAAACAGGCUUCUAUGAUAUUUUCACCCCUUUGUACUUAUGAUGCAACAUUUUAAUACUGUGCAGAGACGAGUAGUUGUCUCUUCAGUAUUCCACCUGUGUGUCCAGCUGUCGAAACUUAAAAUAAGAGGCUGUAUCGUCUGUAUGAAACAACAUGGUGCCUUUUCUGAUUUAGUGCCUAACUGUUGUGAGCCGAUAUAUUUCCGUGCAAAGCUUUCAGUACGUGAACAAGAAUCUGGACAAUCCUGAAUUUUUAAUUAAUUUAACUAAGGUGCUCAAUUGUUGGUUUUGUGUCCUUGUGCCAAUGUGAGUUAUGCACCUCUGUUAUUUAAUGCUGUCUCACCACUGCUGCCUGCUGUGUCACGUGUUAAAAAUGUAAAAUAUGUACUAAACUGUAGGUCAAGAAAGAAAAAAAAACUAGACUGUGUCGCUGACAUUCUGGAUUGAUAUGAACUGUUACACAAUUAGCAGAUGUUGUGUCAUAUUCUGAUGUGUAUAAUUCUUAAUAUUUCUAUGCCUAUAAAGGUCCACCCUUGAGUUCCUUUUGUUUUUCCAUGUCACUUGCUUGUAUUACCAACACACAUCUCAAAAUAAAAAUCUUUAUUGUGCAUUUUAAACAUUAAAA